AUGUCGAGUUCGAACAGGCUGCAGCUUACCUUUUGGGUUCGCUAUGUCGGACCAUUGCGUCGGUCGGCAGGAACCUUACCCUCCGUGGCUGCAACUUUGGCUGCCAAGAUGGCAGCAGCUCGCGAUGCAUAUGGAAUGAAAGCAAAGCUGAGAGCCCCACCAACUUUCUACCAUGACCUUCAGCAGCUUCCAAACUUGCGUCUCAAUCAGGUCCCAGUGUAUGCAGCGGAUAAGCGCCCCCCUUUGUGCUGGAAUCUGGCCAUGUCGGCUCAGCUUGGCCGGCUCAGUCGCAGCCUCACCCCAAUUGGACCUAGAGGACGAGGGAAGCCCCUUGCUGAUUUUAUGAGCAACCAGACAGCCUCGUCUAAACGCCUGCUGCUGCUUUGCCGCGUUGCUCCCCUUCGGCUGAGGAUGCAAUCUGCGAGGAAAUUCGCGGCUCGACGUGACCUUCGGAUGAGCCAGACGGCCAGCUUGAAGCGCUUUCUGAUCAAAACGACCAGGUUCACACCCGCAUUCGCUCGGGUCUCGCCUCCCAUCUACGCAAGCGCUCGGUCCUUUCGACACCUCGACUAUCGGACCGCUUGA